AAAGCGGCCGCGGAACGAAUUACUUUCGUAACCCGAGGCACCACUGUAAAUGAAUAGAAUGUGGAAAGACUUUCUCUCAGUCAAAAUUUACAUGUGCAUCGAAGAAACCACAUAGGGGGGAAAACCGUACAGAAAUAUGGAAUGUGCAAAUAGCUUCAGUCAGAGUGGACAACUGAAUAUAUACCAGAGAACACACAUGGGGGGGGGGAACUAUAUACAUGUGUGGAAUGUGGAAAGAACUUCAAUAACGCUGGCAAUCUGCGGAAACAUCAAAGAACCCACACAGAGGAGAAACCACAGAAAUGCAUGGAAUGUGGAAAGAGCUUCAGUCGUAGUGGAGCAUUGAGAACACACCAGAGAACCCACACAAGGAAGAAACCAUAUAAAUGUCUGGAAUAUGAGAAGUUCGUCUCUUGUGGUACAAAUUUUCAUAAUCAUCAAAGAACCCACACAGGUGAGAAACCAUAUAAAUGCAUAGAAUGUGGAAAGGGGUUCAUUGACAAUAGAUACUUACGUUCACAUCAAAGAACCCAUACAGGGGAGAAACCAUACAAAUGCAUGGAAUGUGGAAAGAGUUUCCUUCAUGUUUGCCGUUUACUUGCACAUCAUAGAACUCACACAGGGGAAAAACCAUAUAAAUGCAUGGAAUGUGGAAAGAGCUUCAGUCGGAGUGGAAGUCUACAGUCACAUCAAAGAAUUCACACAGGGUGCAAACCAUAUAAAUGCAUGGAAUGUGGAAAGAGCUUCAGUCAGAGUGGAAGUCUACAGUCACAUCAAAGAAUUCACACGGAACAAGCCAUAUAAAUGCAUGGACUGUGGAGAGAGCUUUAGCAAUUAUGGAACAUGUGCUAAACAUCAAAGAAUCCACAUGGGAGAUCCUAGUCUAUAGAAUCAUAGAGUUGGAGGAGACCACAAGGGCAUCCAGUACAACAAUGCAGCAAUACAUAAUCAAAGCACUUCCAACAUAUGACUAUCCAGUAUCUGUUUAAAAACCUCUAAAGAGGGAGGAUCAAUCACACUCCAGUGCAGCAUAUUCCACUGUUUAACAGCUCUUGCUGUCAAGAAGUUCUUCGUAAUGUUUAGGUGAAAUCUUUUCCUGUAAUUUGAAUCCAUUGCUCUGACCUAGUCUCUAGAGCAGUAGAAAACAAGCUACCUCCUUCCAUAUGAAAUGCUUUAAAAUAUUUUAACAUGACUAUCAUGCCACCCCUACCCUUCUCUUCUUCAAGUUGAAUAUGCCCAGCUCCCUAAGCUGCUGCUCUGGGCAUGGUUUCCAGACCUUUCAACAUUUAAUUUGCCCUGCUCUGGACACACUCCAGCUUGUCAACAUUCCUCUUGAAUUUGGAGUGACAGAGUUAUGGUGGCAUGUGAACUGUUUCUUUCACCUGACAGUCAGGAUGAUUAACUGAUCUAUAAUUAGGAUUUCCCCAUGAUAAAAAAAGAAACAGAGGGGCUCACAGAGGUCCCCUUUGAGGCUCUUGAGCUUUCCUUUCUAGCUUCUAGAAUGCGGAUGGGAGGGAACAUGGAAGAGAGCAGGGAAACUGCAAGCAUGCAACGCCAAUGACUUGGUAAAAGAGGUUGAUGAGGAAUUGUGAACAGUUUGGACAGUAUAAACUUAUUUCAUUUGGUUUUGUUCAAUA